CUCCCGGUGACCGGCGGCGGCGGUGGCGGCGGCAUGGCCGUGUGGACCCGGGCUUGUAAAACAGGGCUACUGGAGCUGCUCCUCCGGGAACGCUGGGUCCGCGUGUCGGCGGAACUGACCGGGGAGACCCUGAGCUUAACGGCGGAACCGGGGGCCGGGGAUGCGUCGGUGGUGAACGGCGUGGUGAACGGCAACGCGGAGGCGGCGGCGGCAGCAGCGGCACCCGGUUGCGUGAGGAGGGUGCGGGUGGUGAAAGCGGAGGCGGGAGGGCUCGGGAUCAGCAUUAAGGGAGGUCGGGAGAAUCGGAUGCCGGUGCUGAUCUCACGGAUCUUCCCGGGAUUGGCGGCGGAGAGGAGCGGAGCGCUCCGGUUAGGCGACGCCAUCCUCGCCGUGAACGGCGUCGAUCUCCGCGAUGCUACCCACGAUCAAGCCGUGCAGGCGCUGAAGAGAGCCGGCAGAGAGGUCAUCCUCGAAGUGAAGUUCAUGCGGGAGGUGACCCCCUACAUCAAGAAGCCAUCGCUGGUGUCGGACCUGCCGUGGGAGGGGGUGGCCCCACAGUCCCCCAGCCUGAGUGGCAGUGAGGACUCCGGAUCCCCCCAGCACCAGGGGCCCCGUGACCGCAAGGUGAUUCCCCUCAAGAUGUGCUUUGCUGCCCGGAACCUCAGCAUGCCUGACCUGGAGAACAGACUGAUCGAGCUGCACUCACCGGACAGCCGGAACACACUGGUGCUGCGGUGCCGGGACACGGCCACGGCCCACGCCUGGUUCAGCGCCCUGCACGCCAACAUCACUGCGCUGCUGCCACAGGUCCUGGCCGAGCUCAAUGCCACGCUGCGCUCCGGCAGCCCCACAGCCGGCAGCCAGGAGGUGAAGCACAUUGCCUGGCUGGCUGAGCAGGCGCGGCUGGACGGCGGGCGGCAGCAGUGGCGGCCGGUGCUCAUGGCAGUGACAGAGAAGGACCUGCUGCUGUACGACGGGAUGCCCUGGACCAGGGAUGCCUGGGCCUCCCCCUGCCACAGCUACCCACUCGUGGCCACCAGGCUGGUCCACUCAGGCUCUGGGCGCCGCUCGCCUGCGCUGGGCUCUGAGCUGACCUUUGCCACACGGACGGGGUCGCGCCAGGGUGUGGAGAUGCACGUGUUCCGCGUGGAGACACACCGGGACCUCUCAGCCUGGACACGCGUCCUGGUGCAGGGCUGCCACGCUGCGGCUGAGCUCAUCAAGGAGGUGACUGUGGGCUGCACGCUGGGCGGGCAGGAGGUCCAGCUCUCCAUCCACUAUGAGAGUGGAUUCACCAUCUCCCGGGAGGAGCCGGGCACCAGCGUCCUCUUCCGCUACCCCUAUGAGCGGCUGAAGAUGUCGGCGGACGAUGGCAUCAGGACUCUCUACUUGGAUUUCGGAGGCCCUGAGGGGGAGCUGGCACUGGACCUGCACUCCUGCCCCAAACCCAUCGUCUUCGUCCUGCACACCUUCCUCUCAGCCAAAGUCACCCGCAUGGGGCUGCUGGCGUAGGUGCCCCAGGUCCCCCAUGCUGUCAGGAACCAGCCGGGGGUCACAGAGGGACCCCCAACCUCUCCUGCCCUACCAGUGCCUUGCUGGGGCUAGGAUCCCUGCCCUGAGAGCCUCUGGGAAUGCAGCAGGAUGGCUGCCCAGGUGGGGAAUGAGCCCCUCCUGCCCACACCAGCACCCCCAGACUCUCCAGUGCCCCAGGGGGGUGUUGGAGUAUAGACACCAGCUUUGGUCCCUGCGGGCCUGAAGCCAUCGCUGAUUUCACCGCCUGUGCCUUGGAGUGGGGCCAGCCUGGCCUCCAUGACUGGGGGACCCCUGUACUCCCCAACCCAUAACUGGGGGACCCCCCAUGCUCCUCAACCCAUGUUUGGGGAAGUCAGUCUGGGGGGGCUUCCCCCAAGGGGGUCACAUUGUCCCUACCUGGGGGAGAGCUUGGGCUGUGGGACCCCCCUUAUUGCUGCAUGAGGGGUCCCCAUGCCCUGCUCAGGGGACACACACACAUUUGUCUUACAGGGGUCACUCAGGGGUGCAAAGGGGGUACCUGAGCCUGGGGUGUUGUUCCCUGGGGCUCAGCUACCCCACCCCCCACUGCUCCCCAGCAGUGACCCCCAAACCUCCCAAAGCCAGAACAAUGCCGUGUAUCUGCCCUGGACAUGGGGGCCAGGGCUGCUGGGCUCCCCCCAGAGCUGUCCCCACCCCAGCCACUGCUGCCUGUGCCCCUCGCCCCUGGGGGGUCCCCAUGGGUGGGGGCAGGACACGUAGAUUGAUGCACUUUCGCUUUUUGUACUUUCCCUCCCCUCUUGGGGGCAGUUUCCAUGCCCUGGAGUGCUGGGAGAUCCCAGGCAGUGCCAGAGCAGGACCCCCAGGGCUCCCCACUCCCACUGAGGUCCCGGUACCCUCAGCCAAACUUCUGCACAGUUCUCUGCUUCUGGGGGGGCUGCGCUGGCUGGAGGGUCCCGUGAGAUCCCAUGAGGUGCUGCCCCCUUUUCUAUUUUUGUAUUCUUUGUAAAUCGCUAUUUAUAUCAGAUUGCCUUUUCCAUGG